AUGAAACCACUUGAAGAAAAAGAGAACAGGAAAAUUGACAGAAAGCUCCUCAAGCCUCAGGUGGAGAGGCGUCGGAGAGAGAGAAUGAACCACAGUCUGGAGAGCCUGAGAACCCUGCUGCUGCAGGGACCACUACAUCAGGGUGUGACUCAGCGUAGAGUGGAGAAAGCUGAGAUCCUGGAACACACUGUUCUCUUUCUCCAGAACACUGGAGAUGUGGACAGGAAGAAAGGCAAAGAUGGAGAAAAGCAACAUCCCUUCCAGGAUGGCUUCUCAGGCUGCCUGCAGAGAGCUGCACACUUCCUGGGGCAGGAAGGGGAGGGCCUGCAGCUGGAGGCAGCACUGAACUCUACUUUCUCUGCUCGGCUGAACAGCCAUGCCUGUAUGAACACCGAAGUUCCGGCUAAAGCCCACUCUUCCAUCUCUCUGCCCAAUACAAUGUGCCACCAGUCCUCACACCUGAUGAAGAUACAGGAGUCCCACUACAGACAACAGCUUUGUGAAGUCUACAGGAGACAUCUGUCUCAUGCUCACAGAGCUCCACUCCAACAUGGAGAUCCCAAACAUCCCCAGGUGCCCCACAGACACGCUGACAAAGAAGCCCAAUCCCAGAACCUCCCAGGCAGCCAGUCUGUGUGGAGGCCUUGGCCCUGA